AUGUCUUACGUCCACACAAGUAUCUUCUUACCCAAAUAUAUCCUUGAAAGUGUUAUUGAUGGAGAUACUCCCAGGAUUGAUCCUGAAACCUUCUUAAGCAACGCCACACCUACCAAACUCUUAGAGGUGAUCCUCGCAUUCUACCCCCAUUACAAAUUUACUAAAAAUUCUCAAAAAGAUCACGAGCUUCUCCGUCUGAUCUUCGUCGAAAUGGUAGCUCCGCGCCUGAGAAAUGUAGCCAUUCCUUCUCAAAACAACACCAAGUAUAUCGAAGCCCCACUCCACAGCAUAGCCUUCGUCGAUCAAGAACCUGACAGAAACGUGAACUUGGCAGCUGAUCUCGAACUCAAAAGGACGAGCUUGUUCAAUAAUCAUUGUCUCCCUUACCUCAAGAACGGCAAGUACCGUCGUGCGGUCGGAGGUCUCGAAACUUUCUGCAAAACUUAUAAGACUUUAAAUGUACAUGAGCUCAAUUCAAUUGGCUGUGCUCUAGAUGAAGCCAGCGAAGACCUUCAAGACUGUCACAGCGAUCUCACCGAAUUUCAUACAAACAUUGAAAGCAUCCACCUCAAGCUACAUCAGCCUGGUCUCCAAUCUGAGGAGGAAAAAAAUUUGCAUGAUCGCCUCAAGAUUGCCAUCACUACUUUGAGAUCUCAUCAGAUCGCAUUUAAUCAAGGUGCACAAAAUGUCGGAUUGAUUACAGCUUUGAAAAACCAUUAUCGCAAUUAUCCGAGCACUUCUGAAAAGCAAGACUCUGAUCAAGACAGUCAUUCGAACACUCCUCAAGAUACCUGA